AUGAGUGAUGAUAUUAUGAAUGGUGAUACUCUCUCAGAGUAUAGAAAGAUUCAUAAAAAAAAUUAUGAGGAAAGAAUAAUAAAAGAAAAUGAAUUAAUAGAAAAACAAAAAACGGAAGAAUUAUUAAAUGAAAAAAAAAAAAAUGAAGAAAUUUAUAGACAACUACAAAUAGAUAAAGAUAGAGAAUACUCUAAACAAUGUUAUUAUGAAAUUAAUAAUUUUCAAAACAUACAUGAAAGAACUUACAAUGAUUCAGAUAUUAGAGAAAAUUAUACACAAAGAUUAAUUAACCCUUCGGCAUAUUCUUAUAUUGAUAAUAACAUGACACAAAAUUUGUUAGAUGGUGAUAUGGGAUAUACUUUUUCUCAAAGAAUUAGACGUUUUUUCCUGAACAACAAUAUCAGGCAGUGCUUUGUUUGUACAACGGUUCAGUUGAUAUGUAACGUUGUCCUUAUUAUCUUAUUAAUUGCAUUUAUAAUAAUAUUUGGCUUGUCAUGA